AUGAUGUUUCUAUUAAUACGCCGUCUAUGGCUUUCAUCUCUUGGUCUGGUGGCUGCCAUCAGCUUGAUGACACCAUGCUACGCCUGGGCCAUGGAGAAUGUUUCCAUUGGCUAUCAGACGAACCUUGCCGCGGUUGCCCAUUAUAUGGCCGUGGAGAGACGGUACUACCAAGAUUUGGGCCUCAAUGUGGAAAUGGUCUUGUAUCCCUCUGGAGAUGACCUGAUCAACGAUGUCAAUACCAGUUGGGAUUUCGCGACUGCUGAUGUCAUAUACAACAUCUUUGGUGGACAACAGGGUCUCCUCAAUGUGGCCAUUGCCAUGGACGUGAGUGCCACUACGCAAUUGGUGGGCAACGAUCGGGGUACUCAAAUAUGGCCUACCUUGGAGGAGCAGGACGAUGACAUUUGUACCAUUCCUGAUUCCGUCUUGCAAUACGUCCUUGAAGCCUGUUUGCAGGCACAAGGCAUUGAUACUGCCGAACAAUUCACCUACCGAACCGACGAAUCCGACUGUUAUCAACUCAUGACACCCGGCCACUUGUCGGGUGUAGCCGCCGUCAAUCUAGGAACGCUCUCGUCGCCCUAUUUCAUGGCCUUUUUGGAAUCCUUUCCGGGAUCGUCGACUCUCUGUUCCGGGACGUUGGUCAAUGCCACCGUCACGCAUGGACACAUGGUACGACACGAGACGAUCCAUCCGUGGACGGUGGCCAAGAUUUUGGCGGGAUGGUUGCGGGCCGUCGAAUUUAUGGUGGACGACGAGACGAGGCAGGAAACCAUCAAUUUCAUGGCGGACUUUUACGAGAAUCAUGGAUUGGAGUUGUCUCCCUCGUCGUUGGAACUGGAACGAGAAUUGAUUGGAUUGUUUGGACUUACGCAACAACUCGAACUCAUGAAAGAAGGACAUGGAGGAGGCCCCUCCGAGUAUGAAGUUUGGACCCACGAGGUGGUUAGUUUCCUGCUGGAUAAGUCAUUGCUAUCCAAUGACAACAAUACGCUCGUACGACCCGCGACUUUUAUGGACGACCAAUACCUCCAGUUGGUUCAAUCCAACGAAAUCUUGCGGCUUUAUGCCACGGGAGAAGAUGUGUCACCGGACCAACUCGCUCAACUACUUCAAGAUGAUGCUGCCGCGUGCGUGGAUAUCGAUGGUUGGACCGAUUCGGUAGGAGAUGGUUGUGACUUUUACGAUUCCGAGAAUGCCUGUAGGGAAGCAGGGGAUUCCUUUCCUGGACCUGACGGAUUGACGGCCAAUGGUGCCUGCUGUCGUUGUGGUGGUGGCGGUGGGUCGUCGUUGGAUUCUUGUACGGAUUAUCCGGGUUGGUUGGACUCUCGUGGCAAUGCUUGUGAUUGGUAUAAAUCCGACAACCUCUGUGCGCUCAAUGGAGACUUGGAGGCCUUUGCAGCCCCGGAUGGAACUACCCCCAGUGAAGCCUGCUGCAUAUGUGGUGGAGGAACAAGAGGGGAUACGGCCGUACAAGCAGCCGGAACAACGGCGUCCAAACACGGGCUUCCUGGUGGACUGCAAUUGGGUGGAGGACCGUAG